GAACAGGCAGAGAUAAUGUUGCUGAUUUUUGGAAUCCAAAUUGUUCAGCUUUUAUUUUCAAUAAUACUUUUGAUCGUCUUCAAACUGAUACAGAUCGAAUAUGGAAAUUUCAACGAUAUUCAUUAAUAUGCGAAUAUUUAUCUCGACCAUCAAUACCACCUCCAUUUAUUCUUUUUUCACAUCUUUGGCGAUUUAUAUUAUGUACUUUGACACCAUGUUGCAAAUCAUCAUGGCUUAGAGAAAAAUAUAUGGGACAUACAAGUCGAACUAAAUAUGAAAUUACGCUUGAUGAAAAAUCUGCUUCUAAUAUUGAAAUAGCUGAAGAUGCACUUGGUGAUGAAAUUUAUUAUAAUUAUAUGAAAAUUGGUAGAAAAAUAACAGAAGCAGGUGAUAUUGAUGAAGAACGAAUUCAUUCACCACAAGAAGCAACGUUAAGUAGAAUGAAAUUACUUGAAAAUCGAGUACAAAUAAUCAGUAAUCAACAAGCUCAUGUAUUAGACUAUCUUGAUUGUUUAAUGGAUGGUUUGAAAACGUUAGGUGGUGAACGUAUUAGAGUACCUGAUCGACGUCGUUAUGAUCCAGAUGAAUCAUGUAUGUUUAUAAUGCAUUUAAUCAAAAGAAA